AUGCACUACUUCAUCGACUUCAACGAUAUCGUGCUCAACGACAAGAUUCACGAAAGUGAGCUGUCGGUGAUCUACGAGGGCGAGUACAACGGCCACGAGGUGGCCGUUAAGAUCUUCAACCCGGUCUUCGUCGACCUCCAGUCCUUCAAAGAAGAGUUCCAACUCGUCAGUUCAAUCCGGUCGCCGCACAUGGUGUUCUUCUAUGGUCUGUGCGUGGAGCCCAAGAUAUGCGUGGUGAUGGAGCUGUGCAAGGGCACCAUGGAGGAAUACCUCUCCAACAGGGCCAAGAUAUUCAAUUGGGAGAUCUUCUUCAAGCUGGGUGAGACGCUACUCGCCUCUCUCAAGAUGCUGCAUCACCAGAAUCUCUCAGUCGUGCACUCGGCCAUCCGUCCCCAGAAUCUCUUGAUGACGGGCUAUUGGCAGCUGAAGAUGGGCGACUUUGGUCGGAUGAGGUACAACUCCAAGGGAAAGCGGAUCACCACCACCUACGACGAAAUAGCCAUGGCCUACAGCCCGCCGGAGAUUCUCGUCCAAGGCGUCACGAGCGACAAGGGCGAUGUCUACUCUGCCGCUAUCGUUCUUUGGGAAAUAGCAGCGCGCACGCUCACAGGAAGGCACGUCGAUCCGUACGAGGGCAUGUUGAUACAGGGCACAUCGACCUAUGAGAAAAUGAGCGCUGUCGUCAAGCAGAACCUGCGCCCGAAAAAGCUCGACGACAUGCACCCCGACCUGUGUAAGUUGUUGCAGAAGGCCUGGCACGCCGACCCCGAGCAAAGGCCCACUGCCAGAGAAUUCUUCAACAAGUUCAGACAGUUGGAGGAGGACUACGAAGAGAACCCCGACGCGUGGGAGACGGAGCCGCCACCGCCGCCCUUCGCGAGCCUCCACGGCGGCUCGGGCGCGCACACCCUCGACUUUGACGACGGCGACUCCUUCCCGGCGGACGACAGAGUGGACUCGUUGAGCGCUCUCGGGAGUGGCAACAGCGGCAUCAACAUGACGCAGGAGGAGAUGGAGGCCAUUCGACUGCAGGUCGACAGCAAAGUGGCGCAGGAAUUGCACAAGCCCGCGAUGAGAUCCGUGCUUCAGCAGAUCCAACUGCGCAGGCGGACGCUACGCUCUUCGGCGAGCCACGGAGCAGACAUCCAGGCGAAGGACGUGCAACUCCAUAAGCUUCUGGGCAGAGGGCACGUGUGGAAGGGCGUUGUGCACGGCACCGAGGUGGCAGUCAAGAAGCUGCUGAUCAAGGAUAUAAAGAACGAGCGGGGCAUUAUUCAGGAUUUCUUGCGCGAGGUUCAGAUGAUGACGAAGCUGCGGCACGGUAAUAUUUGCCAGCUGAUGGGCGUGUGCAUGGAGAAGGACAACCUCAUGCUGGUGAUGGAGUACUGCCAGAACGGCGAUGUGCACACCCUGCUCAACGGUCAGACUCCGCUCACGUUCUUCCAGCGAAUGCAAAUCGCACGAGACGUGGCGUUGGCCAUGAACUGGCUACACUGCAUGAACCCGCCGAUCCUGCAUUUGGACUUGAAGCCUGCCAACUUCCUGCUCGACAAGAACAUGACCGUCAAGGUGGCUGAUUUCGGUCUGGCCAAGAUCCAGGGAGGCAAGGUGGAGGCCGGGUGGGGCACGCAGUUCUACAUGUCGCCCGAGGCCCAGAGGGGUGAUGCCGUUGUCACCGAGAAGGCCGACGUGUUCAGACCCGUGUUCCACCCCAAAACAACACAACGCAGCUUUGGCGUGUGUCUGUGGCAGCUCCUCUCGCGUGAGAAUCCGUUCAAGUACGAGAGGCGAGGCGACCAGGACGUGUGGGAGCCGCGUGAGCUGAGAGUGCCCGACUGGUGCCCCAGCGACACGCUCAAGAAGCUCAUCGAGGAGUGCUGGCAUCCCGACCCCGCUAUGCGCCCGACCUUCUCCAAGAUCCUCGCCCACCACUCCUUCCCGCGCAUCCUCCUCGAGGCCGAGAUCUACGACAGCAAGGCCCGCGACUUCUGGAGCAAAUACUUCCUCGUCGAAACUGCCCCGAAGCCGACGUGGCCAGUGUUUUGGAGUUGUCUGGCGACUUGUUACCGCCUGCAGGUCCACGCCUCGGAUGAGGCCAUCAUCAUGUUCCGCUCCGCCCUCGUGACGAAGGAGGACGUGGUCACUGCGGCCAACCUGCAAAAAUUUGUAGACUACUUCGGCCCGUUCGACUGCCCGGCCAUGAUCUCUCGGUUGUACGACCUGGGAAGCCAGAAGUGGUUCCACGGUGAUCUCUCCCAGAAGGAAGCCGAGGGCCUGCUCGCCUCGGCAAGCAACUACAACGGCGCUUGGCUGGUGCGGUACGCGACGCGUCCGGGCGAUUUCCGCAUCUCGGUGAUCCCCUACAACCUGAGGCGACGGAUCACCUUCAAGCAUUUCGUGGUCGUCAACACAGAGCCCUAUCGUGGCGAGUUCGUUUGGCUCCAGGCGCCUAAGGGGGCGGACAUGAAGUCGGUGGAGGCGGAACGGGAUCAGCUGCUCAAGUCGGACAAGCUGAAGCGGUACAAGAGCAUCCGCGAUCUGAUCAAGGAUAACCAGAAGAGCCUGGGCAUCAAGUACGACCGCUACAUCGACGCCCACACCACCACCUUCUCCAAGAACGGCGGCAACAACAACUGGGCGCCGCCUCGCGUGAGCUCCAUGCAGGACGUCUAG